CGUACGUUCAUAUCAGUCCAAUCCAAGAUGGCGCUGCGCACGGCUUGUGCUGCGGCGUUGCGAACUGGAGCUGAUUUAGGGGUCAAAAAUGCAAGGACUAUCUUCACAACAGCAUUCCUCUGCAAGCGGAGGCCUCCUCUUGGUCGUAUGCCGAAUGAAGACAUUGAUGUUACAGACCUGGAAUCAUUGGAGAAGUAUCGCAGCUACACCCGUUACCUCAGACAAGCGGAAGAAGAAAAUAACAAACCUGUGUGGUGGAAGACUUACCGGAGCUACGUGGAAGCAGCUGAUCCUGAGCAUGGGGCUGAGCGAGUGGACAUCGGACUGCCAAACUAUCGAACCUGUAGGUCCAAAGAAGUGAGGGAGAGGAAGCAGGUGAUGAAGGAAAACAAGAAAAACAUUGAGUUGGAGAGGGGUGUCCGUCUGCGCACAUUAAAGGUCCCUCUUGAUCGAGUGCAGGACAUGUGGGAGAAAACCAGCGGUCCGUUUCAUAUCAGGAGACUAGCCAGUCACUAUGGAGUCUUCAGGGAUCUCUUCCCCAUGGCACAUUUCCUACCUCAAGUCCCAAUCCGCAUCAGCUAUGGCCAGGAAGACAGCAGUCGAGUGUAUUAUGGAAACCGUCUGACACCUACUGAAGCAGCAUCUGCCCCUCAGAUCAGCUUUGAUGCAGAGGAGGGUUCCCUGUGGACCCUUCUGCUCACCUGUCCAGAUGAGCAUCUUCUGGAUAACGAGGCUGAAUACAUUCACUGGCUUGUAGGGAACAUUCCAGGUGGAGCAGUGCAGGCUGGAGAGGAGCUGUGCCACUACCUGGCCCCCUUCCCUGCCAAAGGAACGGGCUUCCACCGCUACGUCUAUGUCCUCUUCAAGCAGGAGGGACACGUCGACUUCCAGGAGGACGUCAGACCGUCACCGUGCCAUUCUCUUGUUGAUCGUACAUUCAAGACUGUGGAUUUCUACAGAAAACACCAGGACAACAUAACCCCAGCAGGCCUGGCCUUCUUUCAGAGCCAGUGGGAUGAAUCCGUCACCAACACCUUCCACAGCACGCUCAACAUGAAAGAGCCAGUGUUUGAGUUCAUACGGCCUCCGGUGUACCACCCUCCACAGGUCAAAUACCCACAUGGACAGCCGCUACGCUACCUGGACAGAUACAGAGAUGGAAAGGAGCACACCUACGGGAUAUAUUGAUCAAUAUGCACAUAUAUAGAACCACAAAAUACAUUAUUCUGCAAAUGCACUGUUUGCCAUAUUUAUGUUAACAUCAGUAAAGCGUUUUUUAUUCUCAUCA